UGCAUCUACCAAGUCAUCACUCCAAACCUAAACAGCUCAAGGCUUCUCUGGCCUUCAGCAUAUUUUCUCUCUUCAUUUCCCCAUUUUCCCGAGAAAAUUUGUGAAACUAACCACAUUGACCAGAGGUGGUAAGAAAAUUGUAGCAACACCCAUGAGGAGUGUGGGCGGCGGCCCCUCUUGGGGUCGGCUUUGGCCUCAAAUGGCAGUGGCUUUAGCUGCCACACUGGUGGUGAUUUCAAGCAAUGUGGAUUUAGUAGAAGCAAGUGCUUAUCCCUACUCUUCACCACCACCACCACCACCUUACGUUUACAGCUCACCACCACCACCACCAUAUGUCUACAAGUCUCCACCACCACCAUCACCUUCACCGCCACCGCCUUAUGUCUACAAGUCUCCGCCACCUCCAUCACCAUCACCACCACCGCCUUAUGUCUACAAGUCUCCACCACCACCUUCUCCCUCUCCUCCACCACCAUAUGAGUACAAGUCUCCACCACCACCAUCACCGUCUCCACCACCACCAUAUGAGUACAAGUCUCCACCACCACCAUCACUGUCUCCCCCACCACCGUAUGAGUACAAAUCACCACCUCCUCCAUCACCCUCCCCACCACCACCAUAUGUUUACAAGUCUCCACCACCACCUUCUCCCUCACCACUACCACCAUAUUACUACAAGUCUCCACCGCCACCUUCUCCCUCUCCACCUCCUCCUUACUACUACAAGUCUCCACCACCCCCAGAGUACUCCCCACCACCACCAUACUACUACAAAUCCCCACCACCUCCUUCUCCUUCACCUCCUCCCCCUUACUACUACAAAUCGCCACCCCCACCAUCACCAAAACCACCAACCCCGUACUACUACAAGUCUCCGCCACCCCCAGAAUACUCCCCACCACCACCAUACUACUACAAAUCCCCACCACCUCCUUCUCCUUCACCUCCUCCACCUUACUACCAUAAAUCCCCACCCCCACCAUCACCAAAACCACCAACCCCAUACUACUACAAGUCUCCACCACCACCACCACCACCUUCACCCAAACCACCAACUCCAUACUAUUACAAAUCACCACCACCACCAUCCCCAAAACCCCCAACCCCAUACUAUUACAAGUCUCCUCCUCCACCCUCACUGUAUCCUCCUCCUCCUUACUACUACAAGUCUCCACCACCACCAACCCCUUACUACUACACUUCUCCGCCACCACCAGUUCCUUACUAUCCGAAGCCGCCAUUGGUGAAGGUUGUCGGAAGGGUCUACUGCUACAGAUGCUAUGACUGGAAGAAUCCAUCGAAGUCACACGACAAGAAGCACUCCACAGGCUCCGUUGUUGUGGUAACUUGCUGGAAUGGCAAGAAGGAAAUCAAGGCCUACGGUAAAACUAAGAACAAUGGGAAAUUCAGCGUAGUUAUCCCUGGCUUUGAGUAUGGCAAAUAUGGAGCCAAGGCUUGCACGGCUAAGCUCUACGCAGCACCAAAGGGUUCGAAAUGCAACGUUCCCACUAAGCUAAACGGGGGCAACAAGGGUGCCAAACUCAAAGUGAAAUCCAAGACUAAAUAUGAAGUUGUGCUCAAGGCUGACAAAUUUGCUUAUGCUUCCAAGACUCCGUACGAGGAGUGUGAAAAGUCCAAGCCCCAAUAUCCUCCUCCUUACGUUUACAAGUCACCGCCACCACCUACGCCUACUUACGUCUACAAGUCACCACCUCCACCGCCACCCAAGUACUACUACAAGUCACCACCGCCACCCAAGUACUACUACAAGUCACCACCACCUCCGGCAUACGUUUACAAGUCACCACCACCACCAUCACCCAAGCCGCCAACCCCAUAUUACUACAAGUCUCCUCCACCACCAUCACCCAAGCCGCCAACCCCAUACUACUACAAGUCUCCUCCUCCCCCAUCACCCAAGCCACCAACCCCAUAUUACUACAAAUCCCCACCACCACCAUCGCCCAAACCACCAACUCCAUACUACUACAAAUCCCCACCACCACCAACGCCCAAGCCACCAACCCCAUACUACUACAAAUCUCCUCCUCCGCCAUCACCCAAGCCACCAACCCCAUACUACUACACAUCCCCACCACCACCAUCGCCCAAACCACCAACUCCAUACUACUAUAAAUCUCCUCCUCCCCCAUCACCCAAGCCACCAACCCCAUACUACUACAAAUCUCCACCACCACCAUCACCAAAACCACCAACGCCAUACUACUACAAGUCUCCUCCGCCACCAUCACCCAAGCCACCAACUCCAUACUACUACAAGUCUCCUCCUCCACCAUCACCUAAGCCACCAACUCCUACUCCAUACUACUACAAGUCUCCUCCUCCACCAUCACCCGAGCCACCUACUCCAUACUACUACAAAUCCCCACCGCCACCAUCGCCAAAACCUCCAACCCCAUACUACUACAAGUCUCCUCCCCCACCAUCUCCAAAACCACCAGCACCAUACUACUACUACAAAUCCCCACCACCCCCAUCCCCAAAACACCACCCCUACCACACACACCUUCUCCUCACACCAUACUACUACAAGUCUCCUCCACCACCGUCUCCUUCUCCCCCACCCCCUUAUUACUACAAGUCUCCACCACCCCCAAAUACCCCCCACCACCACCAUAAUAUUACAAAUCCCACCUCCUCCUUCUUUUUCACCUCCUCCACCUUACUACUACAAAUCACCACCACCACCAUCACCUUCACCUCCACCCCCUUACUAUUACAAGUCUCCCCCACCACCUUCACCUUCUCCCCUCCUCCAUACUACUACAAGUCCCCUCCUCCACCCUCACCGUCUCCCCCACCACCCUACUACUACAAAUCUCCACCUCCACCAUCACCCUCCCAUCCUCCCCCUUACAUCUACAAAUCUCCACCACCCCCAGAAUACUCACCACCACCACCAUACUACUACAAAUCUCCACCUCCACCAUCACCUUCUCCUCCUCCCCCUUACAUUUACAAAUCUCCACCACCCCCAGAAUACUCACCACCACCACCAUACUACUACAAAUCUCCACCUCCACCAUCACCGUCUCCUCCUUCCCCUUACAUCUACAAAUCUCCACCACCUCCAGAAUACUCACCACCACCACCAUACUACUACAAAUCCCCGCCACCUCCUUCUUCUUCACCUCCUCCACCUUACUACUACAAAUCACCACCACCACCUUCACCCUCCCCUCCUCCCCCUUACAUCUACAAGUCUCCACCACCACCUUCUUCAUCUCCACCACCACCAUACAAAUACAACUCCCCACCACCACCUUCCUCAUCUCCUCCACCGCCAUACAAAUACAACUCUCCACCACCACCUUCCUCAUCUCCUCCUCCACCAUACAAAUACAAUUCCCCACCCCCACCUUCCCCAUCACCUCCUCCACCAUACAAAUACAACUCCCCACCACCACCAUCACCCUCUCCUCCUCCACCUUACAUCUACAAGUCCCCUCCACCUCCGGUAGAAACACCACCGCCGGUUUACAUUUAUGGAUCUCCCCCACCUCCAAUUCAUUAUUAAGCAGAUAUAAAUCAUGUUUUAAUUUAUACAGUGAAAUAAAUGAAGGCUCCAUUAGUGGAAAGUUGAGACAUCAAGCUUUCAAUCCAAGUCCAUUCAAUAAGGGUCUGUCAGAAAAUUCAUCGAGCUACAACAUUAGUGAUUCAACCCAUAAUUUAUCUACUUCUUUGGUAGCCAUCUUGCACAUGCUGCUACUAUAUUAUCCAUGUCGGGAAAGCAAGUUUUGGAGAAAAAUAAGCAAAUAUUAAUUGGAAGUUUAAUUUAUAAUCAGCAUCAGGGGCUUGGAAUUGGCUUGGUUGUCACAGUUUCAUUUUUCAAUUCUCCCUCUUGGGGUCUUAUUUAUGAAUGUAUAGCGAGUGCCGUGGCCUUUUGAUUGUAUAAUUGGCUUCUUAGCAAUAAAAGAAGACUCUUACGUCUA